AUGUCAACUGAACCAGCUGCUUCAUAUUCGCCGAAAAAGGUCCUGAUAACAGGUGCAGCAGGCUUCAUUGCCUCCCAUGUCACCAACCACCUGAUGAGAAAUUAUCCUGAUUAUAAGAUCGUGGCCCUCGACAAGCUCGACUACUGUUCGAGCCUUAAGAAUUUUUGUCCUUGUUAUUCUUCACCGAAUUUCAAGUUUGUCAAGGCUGAUGUUUUGAAUGCGGAUCUUGUUAGCUCUCUCUUGGUUGCUGAGGAAAUCGACACCAUAAUGCACUUUGCAGCCCAAACCCAUGUCGAUAACUCCUGCGGAAAUUCUUUUGAAUUGACAAAAAAUAACAUUUAUGGCACUCAUAUACUUUUAGAAACUUGCAGGAUCACCCGGAGAAUCAAGAGGUUCAUACAUGUUAGUACAUGUGAGGUAUAUGGAGAGACUGAUAUCGAGACUCAUAUUGGCAAUUCGGAGGAUUCUCAACUCCUUCCCACUAAUCUGUAUUCUGCGACUAAAGCUGGAGCAGAAAUGCUGGUGAUGGCUUACCAUCGUUCUUAUGGCCUCCCAACAAUCACAACUCGAGGGAAUAAUGCCUAUGGCCCGAAGCAAUUCCCAGAAGAACUGAUUCCAAAACUCAUUCUCCUCGCCAUGAAGGGUGAGAACUUGCCUAUUCAUGGUGAUGGGUCAAAUUUGAGAAGUUGUCUGUAUUCCGAAGAUGUUGCUGAGGCAUUUGAUGUGGUACUCCAUAGAGGCGUUAUUGGACAUGUCUACAACAUAGGCACAAAGAAGGAGAGGCGAGUCUUAGACAUAGCCAGGGACAUCUGCAAACUAUUUGAUUUGAACCCAGACCAAGUUAUACAGUUUGUAAAUGACAGCCAUUCUAGUGACAAAAGACAAUUCUUGGAUGAUCAGAAGCUAAAAAAGUUGGGAUGGGAAGAAAGGACUUCUUGGGAGGAAGGGCUAAAGAUGACCAUUGAAUGGUACACUAAGAACCCGGACUGGUGGGGAGAUGUAGCUGUAGCCCUUCAACCUCACCUACCACGAAUUUCAACGAUUCUGCCUUCCAUCGACGAUGGGUGUUUAUCACAGUUCUCGUUAGAACAUCACAGAACAGGUAACUCUGGUUUGAAAUUCUUAAUUUAUGGAAGGACCAGUUGGAUUGGAGGCUUGUUAGGAAAACUUAGUGAAGACAAAGGAAUACUAUAUGAGUACGGAUCAGGAAGGCUGCAAGAUAGGAAAUCACUCCUGGAGGAUAUAAGAAGAGUACAACCAACCCAUGUGUUCAAUGCACCUGGGGUUACUGGCAAGCCUAAUGUGGAUUGGUGCGAGUGCCGUAAGGUUGAAACAAUUAGAACUAAUGUGGUUGGUACCCUAACUUUAGCUGAUGUUUGCAAGGAACAAGAUCUCUUGAUGAUGAAUUUUGCAACUGGAUGCAUAUUCGAGUAUGAUGAGGACCAUCCUCAAGGAUUUGGAUUAGGUAUUGGAUUCAAGGAGGAAGACAAACCGAAUUUCAUGGGGUCUUUCUACUCCAAAACCAAGGCCAUGGUGGAGGAUCUUCUUAAGGAAUAUGACAAUGUAUGCACUCUCCGAGUCCGAAUGCCCAUAUCAUCAGAUCUUGGCAAUCCAAGAAACUUCAUAACAAAAAUCAACCAUUAUAGCAAAGUGGUAAACAUACCCAAUAGCAUGACUGUACUAGAUAAGCUCUUGCCAAUUUCUAUAGACAUGGCAAAGAGAAACUGUACAGGGAUAUGGAACUUCACCAAUCCAGGAGUUCUUAGCCACAAUGAGAUCCUAGAGAAGUACAGGGACUACAUAGACCCUGAAUUCAAGCGUGUGAACUUUGAUUUGGAAGAACGAGCCAAGGUGAUUGUGGCGCAGAGGAGUAACAAUGAGGUGGAUAGUACAAGGCUGAAGAAUGAGUUUCCUCAACUGUUGUCACUCAAAGAUUCCAUCACUAAGUAUGUCUUUGAACCAAACAAGAAAACUUGA